ACUGGAGUAGAUUGUCCAGGUCUUAGACUUCAACGUAAUGAUAGCCUCGUUCUCGCUGAACUUUGCAACAGUCGCCAAUGUAAACCAUCCCGGGAGCUUCAGACAGCUGGAACGUGUACAAGGGUAUAACUGUAAAGAGUCUGUUUUUGUAAUUUGUAAAGGAUAGUAAUUUAAUCUUCCAUCGCACUUGGAUUGUGCUAUCUACUUUGCCGCGUAACUUGUGGGAAUUAACAAAACAAUGGAUAGCGAAUUAUCAUAAAAGGGCACAAAGCCAUGGUGCGGGCGAUAUCGACUGGAAAUAAUAGGUAAAGUACAAUGUAAUAUGGGAUGGACAAGGUGGAAGACAACCAGUAUGUUGCCCAGCUUAAGGGGGUCUUUGACACAUGUGACACAACAGGAACUGGAUAUCUGGAUAAAGAAGAGCUGACAGAGCUUUGUCAUAAACUCCACCUCGAUGCACAGUUACCUGUUCUCCUUGACACAUUGCUUGGAGCAGACCAUUAUGCUAGGGUGGACUUUGAUGAGUUUAAAGAGGGUUUUGUGGCAGUAUUGUCAUCUAACGUAGACCUAUGUAUUUCGGAAGAUGAGACCAGUUAUCUUGAUCCAGCUGUUCCAGAUGAAAUCCAGCCCAAAUAUAUUAGAGGAAGUAAACGAUAUGGCCGUCGGUCUCACCCUGAGAGCCAGGACUGUGAUGUAGACGGUGGAAGGGAUUUUGAAGUGUACCAAGUUCAUAACUCCAAGAAAGGUCAACUGAGACGUUCUGCUUCUCUGGAAAGUUUAGAGAGCCUCAAAUCUGAUGAAGAACCUGAGAGCAAUAAAGAGCUGCAAAAUGAAAUGUUUGAAGCACAAGGUCAGUUGAGAGCGUGGAAUCCUAGUCUGUUUGAAAGCCCAAGAAGAACUUCCAGUCCUUAUUCAGACGUUACAGAGAACCAAGUGCAGGCCAUUUGGGAAGACAUAGGAGUAGGCAAUAAUGGCUUUCUCAACAGACAAGAGCUUGCAGCUGUCUGUCAGAAUAUUGGACUUGGUGAUCUCAAAACAGAGGAGCUUGAUGACUUGUUCAAAAAUCUGGAUCGGGAUAAAGAUGGGAGAGUAAGUUUCAAAGAAUUCCAGCAUGGCCUUUUUAGUCAUGGACCUACAUCUUUGUCUUCAUGUUCAACACCAUUUAAGCAGAAGAAGGCUUCAGUUCAUCAGGCCUUUGAGGAAAGCAGAGCAAAUACACCAUCAUUAUUGUCCAGCACUGUGGGAUUACGUUUGUUUUCUUGUCUGAAUAAUGGAACUGGUUAUGCAAGCCCAGAGCAGAUUGUCAGCAUCUGGAAAGAAGAGGGUAUCGAUAAUGGAAAGGAAAUUCUGGAGGCUUUAGAUUUUAAUGUAGAGGAGAAAGUGGAGCUUGCAGAGCUAUCCAUUGCUCUAGAUAAUGAACUUAUGGUUAACAACAACAAAGUCCAUCAGGCUGCAUUUGCAUCCUACAGAAAUGAAGUCCAGUACUUGAACACACGAGUUGGACAAUUAUCCAGAGAGAGAGACAAAAUUAAAAUGGAUUUGGAAAAAGCAGAGAAGCGAAAUUUCCAGCUUGUCAGAGAAGUGGACGACCAUCAUUCUGUUAUGGAACAACUAAAUGAAAGUAAAAUCAAGGAUCUUGAGCAGGAGUACAGAGAAAAGCUAACCGCCAUUAAAACUGAAAUGGAUUUAGAAAGAGAAUCAGUUGCGCAGCAGACAAACAAGCAGAGGACCGAACUACAGGCAGAGGUAGACUUUCUGCAGGCAGAAGAAUCUCAGCUCCGGGAAAGGCUGAGUUUGUUUAUAAAGGAGAAUCACCGUUUACAAAAUGAACUGGUUGAAGUGGCAGAAAAACUAGCACAGUCAGAAGCUGUGGUCUCGAAGUUACAAACAGAUAUUGACUUUAUGGUGAAAGACAAGUUUGCCCUACUAGAUCCACAAAGCACUGAACUAUUCAAUCAGGAGGAACGCUUUGCAGAAGUCAUAAAAGAAUUUGAACAACAAUGCAGGGAACUGAGAGACCGAAAUGAUGAACUUCAGAAUGAGUUGGAAGCAAUGCAUGCACAACUGCAAGAAAGAAAACCAAAGCUCAACAUGCCUACCAAGAGUGAAAACAGACAUGGACAUUCUGGAACUAGUGGCAGAGGAAUAUCUUCCAUGGAAGGAGAUUCGGCCAGUGUCAGCAUUGAUAAGGAAUUAAUGGUGGAGAAGAUGAAAGAAUAUCAGCAGGAAGUUCGAGAUCUGAAGAUUCAGCUGGAAACAAAGGUGAACUAUUACGAGAGACAGAUUGAGCUGAUGAAAAAGAAUUUUGAAGGGGAGAGAAAGGACAUUGAACAAAGUUUCAAACUUGAGAUCAGUGAAGUAGAGGAACAAAGAGCAGACCUGGAAGAAGAAGUUGUAAAGCUUAAAGGUAUAAUCGAUGAGCUGAAAAAAAGUACUCAAAGUCAAGAGGUGGAUAGGAAAUUUGAAAAGGAAAGAUCAGAAAUGGAACAGUACUAUGCGAAGGAGAUAGCCAGUCUUGCACAAAGGUUAACCAGAGAGAAAGACCAGCUGGAGGAAGACCUGAAAGAGAAGCAUCAGCAGGAGCUGCAAGUUGCAAGGAAGAGAGCAGAAGUUGACUCCAGGCAACUGAUGGCACAGAUUGAGGCCCAGCGUCAUGAAAACGAAAAAGUUGCACUGGAGAGGCAUCAAAGAGAAAAUGAAGUCCUUGUUAAGAGAUUUGAAUUUAAGAUAAAGAAACUGGUAGAACAACAUGAACUAGAGCAAAACAAGUGGAAAACUAACGAGAAAGAACGUAUGAUAGAGUCCAAGAGAGAAAGACUUAAACUUGAAGAGCACUUGCGUGAAGAACAGGUGGCAAUGUGUAAUGCCUUUGCUUUGGAAAGGGAGGCCAUAGAAAGUAAAUACAAAGAACAUGUUAACCAACUGAAUGAUGAGAUUGAUUAUCUGAAGGCCCAGGUAGUGGAGAUGCAGAAAGCCUUGCGGGACUGUGAAGAGUUAGCUAAGCAUAGCAGGAAUAGCAAACAUAUAGAUAUGAAGGAAGAACAAGAUGGGCAAGUUUAUGAGGAUGAUGUGCUACAGUAUCUACAGUUUCCGUCACCUCCACAGAACAAAAGAGAUGAAACUUUAGGAAGGAAAACAGAACAAGAUUUAAGUGAAAUCAGGCAGGAGGAACAUAUAGUAAAUCACCAAGAAGGUCAAGUGCAUUCUCAAAGUGAAGAACAUCAUGAUCUCUGUAGAAAGAGGACUGACAUCACUAACUGGCAUUGCAAUCAGUGUUCUGCACAACAGAAAACCAGCAAGAAUGAAUGUUCAUGGGCAAGUAAAGACCUCAAAGAUUUGAUUUGUUUUCCUCUGGAACAGCACAUGAUGCACAGGAAGGAAGAUGUAUGUAUUAAUACAUCACAAAAGAAGGAAGAGAACCCAGAAGGAAAGAAAGAACAGAGUGAAAAACAGAGAUGUUUAAAAGCCUUUCCGAAGCACAAACAAACAGAAUUCUUUUUUCUGGAAGAAAAUGCAGAGUGCUUGCAUACUCAGAUAGAGGAUUUACAAAGUGUACUUCACGUAUUACAGUAUGACCUUCAGUGUGAGAGGGAAGAAAACAAAAGGCUCAUUGAGCAAAUAAAACAGUAUCGGCAACCGUUUAAUGAGCUGAACAGCGAAGAGCUGAUUUUUACAGAAAAAGAAAAUAAUUCUGCAUUUCUUUCACAGGAGAGAAGUAACACAGUCUGUAUUCUGGAUCCGAUAUGUGAAAAUAGGCUGAAGGAAGAGCAUGUUCAGGAGGCCCACACAAAACCAUCUGAUGAAAAAGCAAAUCUUUAUCAACAGUUAGCUUUGGUAAAAAACACCAAGGUGGAACAUCAGUCAUUAACAGGCAUGAAACAAGGGUUAAGUAAGUUACAUUGGAAAUGUGAGGUGAUCCAGCAUCGACCUAAGACACUUUUAUUUGUCCCAAGCCAAAAGAGUUGCUUUCCAAAAAAAGCAGUACAAUUUAUGGAACAGAGUACAUGCCCAGAUCAGUGCCUGUCUUUUCAUCAGAAAGGUGAUGUUUUUGAAUCGUCUCAGUUAAUGGACAAAGAACAAGAUGACUGUCACUGCUUGCAGAAUUGUGAAGGGGUUGCAGGUGGUGACAAGCAGACAUUUUCUCAAAGGGAGAAUGAGGAGCUUGCAAAAAAGCUUCUUGAACUGGAAGAUAUUGUCCGUCGAAUUGAAAUGGAUACAAGGGAUAACUGCAGAAACUGGUCCAGUGUACUUUCUGAAGAAAACUGUUCUCUGAAAGUCCAACUAGGAAAAUCAGAACAGAAAAUCCAAAGUUUAGAACUUGAGAUUAAUCAGCAAAAGAAAGAACUAGAUGAGCUGAAGACAUGCAGUCAAAAAGUUGUAUGUGAAAUGGAAGAUCUCAGUAAGCAGAAUGAGAACUUCAGAGAUGAACUGUCACAGCUGAACUUUAAGAAUCUACAACUGAUUAGUGAGAAUUCAGAUCUAACUGCUAAAAUGGAGUCUAACCUUAAUACCAUUCAUAAACUAAGCACACAACUAACUGAACUUGCGUGUCAGAAAGAAGAGUCAUCAGUGGUUGCCAUGCAACUGCAGGAGGCCUUGAGUAAGUUGGAAAGAGUGCAGUUUGAGCACCAGUUUGAGUGGGAACAAGAAAAGAAGCUGAUGGAUGAAGAAUUGCAGAAAUAUAGAGAGAAGGUACAAAGAUUAAGUGAGCUAGAGAAUGAAAUGAUUCAGUUAGCUUACAAAAAUGACGGCCUGAUGCAGGAGCUGCAGGACAGUAAGGAGAAGUUCUUGGAAGCCAGCACUAGCCUUGCUGUAACACAAUCUCAGCAUGCACAAGAAGUGCUCCAGCUAAAGGAAUACAGCUCUGCAAUAUCUAAGGACCAGCUGGAUCAGUUGCAGUGCAGACUGUCUGAAGAGAAACAAAAAGUCCAUAAGCUUCAGGAGCAGUUGAAUUUUCAAGCAACCCAGGCAAACAGACAAAUGGUUAUACAGCAGGAAGAAUGUGAACAAACUGUCCAGAAGAAGGAGAAGAUAAUAGAGGAUUUGGAAAGUAAUUUGAAAAUUUUGCAUGUAAUGCUGCAGGAGAAGGUUGUUCAGCUUAAAGAACAGCUGACUAAAAUUGCCAAGUCCGAUACAAUGCUGAAGGAUUUGUAUGUGGAAAAUGCACAGCUGAUGAAGGCUCUGCAAAUUACAGAACAAAGGCAAAAAAGUGCAGAGAAAAAGAACUUUGUUUUGGAGGAGAAAAUCACUGCUUUAAAUAGGUUACUUUGCAGAGUAGCUCCAACAUCCCUUGCAGUUUGACUUUACCAUUCCAAUUAAGGUUGCCACUAUAUUGCUGAAAAUGGAAUAUUUAUUAUGAAAACUUGAGAUUUUGCAGAACAUGCCACAUCUUCCCCAGUGCAAAGGAUUCUUUUUUAAUUAUCCAAAUUAAGACUGUGGAACUGUAAUUUUUUUUCUGUUUGAGCUCAUAGCAUAUUGAGAUGUUCUUGCAGUGUUAUGGUUUUCUGCAGUCUUCAGAGAAAAGGUCAGGAAACUCUUUUUUGUUAAAAUAUCAGGACUUUUUUUUGCUAAAAUAUGGUUUCUGUUGUUCAUGUAGCAGUAAAGGACGUAGCAUUCCAUAUGAAGGCUGUUUUUCAGAAAGAGGUCUAUAGUGACCCUGUAUUUUUGAGCAGCAUGAAUGUGGUAGCUGAAAGGUGAGUCAAAACCAAAAAGUCAUUAAAUGGUGCUUAAAAAAGGCUGACAAAUAACUGAGUGAGAGAUGUUUUACAUGCCAUCUCAGGUUAAUCAUAGUAUUUAUUUUGACUGAAAUUAUUGGAACAUAUCUAGCAAAUGAUUAGACUGUAAAUAAGAUAGGAAUCAAAGUGUACACUGUACAGUUUUGAUAUACAGGGUAUUUGUGUAAAUAUUUGUACAGAUUUGCAAUAAAACAGCACUCCUUUUUGGAUAAUGCACUGCUGUAAAGAAGUGUAAUAGUUUGUUAUAUUUAAAGUGUUUUUAUAAAAUUUGUAUUAAAUAUUUUAUUACAAAA